UCAGCAUUGUCCCAAAUCUCACAUGCAAUUACCAAUGGCAUGGUCAUCCUUAAGCCUCACAUUCACAGUGAGCUGGAUUAGUGGGCGUUAAUAUCAAUAAGAUGAAGCUGGCAGGGGCGUGUCUGAUCCCAGCUUGGUACAAAAACCCCCUGAGGGUCCCACGUCUCUCUCAGGUCCCAGUGUGGAGUGUCUGUGAGAAGCGAAUCUCUCGCCUGCACAGCAGACCAGUUGGACUUCCUGAACUUCAGAUCUCCAAAAUUAUGGGCAAUUCAACGGGCAGCACCGUGGACGACCUGCAGGCGGUGGAGAUGCAUCUGUGGUAUAAGAAGUUCAUGACUGAGUGUCCAUCUGGUCAACUCACGCUGCAUGAGUUUAAACAGUUCUUCGGGCUCAGGGGUCUGGAUCCAGAAGCCAAUGCCUACAUCGAGCAGAUGUUUCGCACCUUUGACAUGAACAAGGACGGCUAUAUCGACUUCAUGGAGUAUGUGGCUGCUCUCAGUCUAGUAAUGAGAGGAAAAAUGGAGCACAAACUACGCUGGUAUUUCAGACUCUAUGAUGUUGAUGGGAAUGGAUGCAUAGACAGAUAUGAGCUGCUGAACAUCAUAAAGGCCAUUCGUGCCAUUAAUGGAUGCGAGACUCAGGAAUCGAGCGCUGAAGAGUUCACAAACCGAGUGUUUGAAAGGAUCGACAUCAAUGGAGAUGGGGAGCUCUCGCUGGAUGAGUUUGUAGCAGGAGCUCGCAGUGAUGAAGAGUUUAUGGAGGUGAUGAUGAAGAGUUUAGACCUCACACACAUUGUGGCCAUGAUUCAUAACCGGAGACACAGCGUUUAAAAGACUGUUCACAUGCUGAGAAAACAAGACAACGAUGCUCCCUCAUCAAAUCUCCACUGUCUAAUGCUAAAACCGUUUAGUGCACAAUCAUUUCAAACUGAGACUGAGCUAAAGGGGCCAAGACAUGAAAUUAGUCUGGGACGUCCCACAUCUAAUAAACUGACUGUUUCCCAAAAAACAGCCUUCUUCAGAAAGAGGCUUCAUGGGAAAAGAAUCAGUAAUGUGGACAUCCAU